AUGGCGCCUCGCAGCCGGCUCCUCGACCUAGAGAGGCACGACGUGCUCUUCUUCUACGGCGACGAUGGCACCUACCAGCUGAGCGAUCGCGUCAGCGUAGCCACCUAUGGGAUCGUCUUCUGGCCCGUCUUCCUCGUGGCUGCCCUGCUCCUCCACCUGAUCGCCCCGUUCCCGCACGCCGCUGCCGUCUGCGGGGCGCUCUACGUCGCCUACUGUUUCCUCCGGGAACGCGCAGCGCAGGCGAGCUCGUGGCCUUCCGCUGCCGCUGCACAAUGCUCCGCCGGCAGAACCGUCUCGCCCGACUACCCGGGGCAAGGUGGAAGCCAAGCAAGUAGCUGA